AUGUGUGCGUGAGCCAACUAGAGAGAGAAAGAUAGAGAGAGAUCUGAUAUUUUCUCGUGUUAUUUAGAGCUCAACAUUACUCAAUUAAGUGUUCAUUAUAUUUCUCCUUUUGAGCUCUUCUCUUAAUUCUACCAAGAAAUAGAGAGAUCUAAAUAAUCAAUCUUUCAAACUUCAGAUUUAAGUCUCAAUCCUUCGAACUUCAGCUAUCUUUCUUCCUAAGGUUGGCAUCAUUUAACCAAAAGGUAUUUUUUUCCUGUAAUUUAAAAAAGAUGACAGAAGAAGUGAUCUCAAGUGGAUUUACUCACAACUCAAUUGAAGGAUCCAAUCCUCCCCCUCUCAAGAAAAAAAGAAAUCUUCCAGGAAAUCCAGAUCCUGAAGCAGAAGUGAUUGCCUUGUCACCAAAGACACUGAUGGCCACAAACAGAUUCUUGUGUGAAAUUUGUGGAAAAGGUUUUCAAAGGGAUCAAAAUCUUCAACUUCAUAGAAGAGGACAUAACCUUCCAUGGAAGCUAAAGCAAAGGACUUCAAAAGAAGUGAGGAAGAGAGUUUAUGUGUGCCCAGAAAAGACAUGCGUUCACCAUCACGCUUCAAGGGCUUUAGGAGAUCUCACUGGGAUAAAAAAACACUAUUGUAGAAAACAUGGGGAGAAGAAGUGGAAAUGUGAGAAAUGUUCUAAGAGAUAUGCUGUGCAAUCGGAUUGGAAAGCUCACUCUAAGACUUGUGGCACUAGGGAAUAUAGAUGUGAUUGUGGCACCAUUUUCUCAAGGCGAGAUAGCUUUGUGACUCAUAGGGCGUUCUGUGAUGCAUUGGCUGAGGAGACGGCUAGAGUUACUGCAGCAUCUAAUAUGCACAACCCAUUGGCUGCCGGAAACAACAUCAAUUACCAUUUCAUCGGCGCGCCCUUAGGGCCAAACAUGGCUCAACAUUUCUCUUCUCUUUUCAAGCCGGUUUCAACCAACAACAACGAAAACUCGGACCCAAUGAGAAGAGAUCAACUAUCACUUUGGAAUAUGGGUGUAGCUCAAGAGCAAGAACAAAUCGGUAUCAAUAUCAAUAAUCUCCGCGAAAUCCAUCAGAUCGGUCCCCUUCAUCACACUUCACCAGCUCCAGCACCAGCACCAACUAUUUAUGACACAAAUGCACUUCUUGCAUCGCGUUAUAAUAACCAUGUGAACUGGGAUCAGUUGGUUGGGAGCAAAAUUUCUUCACUUAACAAUGCUGAAAAACUAUCAAACUCCUCAUCUGCCAACAUAAAUGUCCCAUCAUUGUUCAGUAACCAACACCAAAUUGCACCUUCUUCGACUGCAAGUAUGUCAGCAACAGCUUUGCUCCAAAAAGCUGCUCAAAUAGGAGCAACAACCACAACAACUGUAACUGAUCCCUCACUAUUCAUCCCGAACUUCGGGAUGAAUAAUUGCAACAACAAGAACAAUAACCAACUUCAAGAAGGAGAUAAUAACAAGUUUUGUGGAUUUUAUGUUAGUACUACAAAUAACUCAAUCAGUACUAGUCUUGGAAGUGAUGUAGAUCAGAGCUCAUCAGUAAAUGAUUUCUCAGCCACUAUGAACCAAAUGCAGAUGUAUCCUCCUUCAAAGCGUCGUCACAUACAAAUUGAAGAUAGUGUGAAAGGAGGAGGACAAACUAGGGAUUUCUUGGGAGUUGGGGUACAAUCUAUUUGCCACCCUUCAUCAAUCAAUGGAUGGAUAUGAUUCAAAUGGGUAUUUACUUUUUUUUAUUUUCGAGAUUAAAUAUUCUGUCUAACCACCAACUCUUACAGUCUAGUGGUACCGGUAAGAGUCUUUCAGGCAAUAGUUGUGAGUUCAAUUAUCACUGUUCCCUUUUCCUGUGUAAUAAUUUUUCCUUUUUAAUAUUGAAAAGCUAAAAUGACAAUAGAGUGUAGCUAGCCGUUUGGUGCGGAAUCACCUUUGUUAGGGAGCGUUUUACCCCAUGUUGGACUUUCGACGCAAAUCAGGAUUUAGUCGGGCCUUGAGUA